CCUUAACAUUUGCACCCAAAAACACCCAAAAAACAAAGAUAUAUGGAUAACAAAAAUGAUUCAUCUAAAUCACUUACUGGACCACACUUUCUGUUCGUGACAUUUCCAGCACAAGGCCACAUCAACCCAUCUCUCGAGCUCGCCAAGCGCCUCGCCGGAACAAUAACCGGAGUUCGAGUCACCUUCGCAGCCACAGACUCCGCCUAUAACCGAUGUAUGCUCUCCAAAGAAAACGUCCCUGAAACAUUAGUCUUCGCCACGUACUCCGAAGCCCACAAAGACGACAUCAAAUCAUCUACAUCCACCGACAGAUCCCGCGAAUACAUGUCUGCUACGAGACGCCGUGGCAGAGAAACCCUAACCGAACUAAUCGAAGAUAACCGGCGUCAAAACCGGCCUUUUACCUGCGUGGUUUACACCAUCUUCCUUCCUUGGGUCGCUGAGCUGGCUCGUGAGUUUCACAUCCCUUCUGCUCUUCUCUGGGUCCAGCCGGUAACUGUCUUCUCCAUCUUCUACCACUACUUCAAUGGCUACGCAGAUGCAAUCUCAGAGAUAGCUACUAACGACCCUUCUGGUUCUAUUAAGCUACCCUCUCUGCCACAGUUCCGUCUCCGAGAUCUUCCCACAAUAAUCUUCCGUCCAGACGCAUAUUCAUUUCUUGUACCGGCGUAUCAAGAUCAGAUAGAUUCACUGAAGCAAGAGGAAAACCCUAAGAUCCUCGUGAAUAGUUUCCAAGAGCUUGAAGAAGAAGCUCUCAGCGCAGUACUUGAUAACUUCAUGAUUGUCCCCGUUGGUCCAUUGAUAACCACUAGGGCCGAUGACUCUGGGAUUGAUGAUAAAUACAAGCAGUGGUUGGAUGCAAAAACGGAUUCGUCUGUAAUUUAUAUUUCCUUCGGGACGCUUGCCGUGUUGAGCAAGAAACAGCUUGCAGAGGUCUGCAAGGCAUUGAUAGAGAGUCGGAGGCCGUUUCUGUGGGUGAUUGCGGAGAAGUCAUUCAGAAGUAAAGAAGAUGGGGAAGAGAAAGAAGAGGAGGGCAUAAAGAGUUUCAGAGAAGAGCUCGAUGAGAUAGGAAUGGUGGUUUCUUGGUGCAAUCAGUUUAGCGUUUUGAAGCAUAGAUCAAUAGGUUGUUUCGUGACGCAUUGCGGGUGGAACUCGACGCUGGAGAGCUUGGUCGCCGGAGUUCCGGUGGUUGCGUUUCCGCAGCGGAUUGAUCAGAUGACGAACGCCAAGCUUGUAGAAGAGUCUUGGAGGACAGGUGUGAGAGUGAUGGAAAAGAAGGAAGAUGAAGAAGUUGUGGUGGAGAGUGAGGAGAUACGGCGGUGCAUUGAGGAAGUGAUGGAGGAGAAGGCGGAGGAGUUUAGGAGAAACGCGGCGAGGUGGAGAGAUAUAGCGGACGAGGUGGUGAGAGAAGGAGGAUCUUCCUUUAAUCAUCUCAAAGCUUUUGUCGAUGAGCACAUGUGAGAUUCUAUCUUCAAGAAUUCAAUUCUGUGAUUUCCUUUUAGUUUCCAAAUUUAUUCUCGUCGGUUAUGUUUUAAAAUUUUCAGUUUCUUCUUGGGAUGAAAUGUAUUUUCCUGGGGUAAAAUGUUAAGAUUGGGAUGAAAUGUUUACACCAUAUGGUAUAAACUACUAUGGAUGUUUGAUUGUUGAUUUUAAAUAUGUUGAAACUUAAAUA